AAAUGAGUAUCACAAUAAGUUUAGUGAACAUGCAUCAUCUCAUAUAGAUACAAAAUUAAAGAAAUAGCUCUGAAGCACCCCAGAGAGGAGAGCCAGGAAGAGAUAAGAAAACCCAAGCCAGCAGUCAUGGCGGCCAAACCAAAGCUCUGGUACUUCCGUGGCCGAGGCAGGAUGGAGUCUAUCCGCUGGCUGCUGGCUGCAGCUGGUGUGGAGUUUGAAGAAGAAGUUCUUGAAACAAGAGAACAAUAUGAGAAGUUGCAGAAGGACGGACGCCUGCUUUUCGGCCAGGUGCCUCUGGUUGAAAUUGAUGGAAUGGAGCUGACACAGACAAGAGCCAUCCUCAGCUCCCUUGCUACCAAGGACAACUUGCAUGGGAAGGACCCGAAGGAGACAGUCAGGAUCGACAUGUACGCCGAGGGCACCCUGGACCUCAUGAUGAUGGUGGCGCUGGCUGCGUUCAAACCCCCGGAGGAAAAAGAGGAGAGCCUGGCUUUAGUCCUGAAGAAAGCCAAAACCCAGCACUUCCCGGUCUUUGAAAAGAUUUUGAAAGACCAUGGAGAGGAUUUUCUCGUUGGCAACAAAUUCAGCUGGGCAGACAUACAGCUCCUGGAAGCUAUUUUAAUGGUGGAAGAACUUGAUGCUUCUGUUCUUUCCGACUUCCCUCUGCUAAAGGAAUUUAAGACAAGAAUCAGCAACAUUCCUACCAUUAAGAAGUUCCUGCAGCCUGGGAGUCAGAGGAAGCCACCCCCAGAUAGCCACUAUGUUGAGGUAGUCAGGAAUGUCUUGCAGUUCUAAAGGCAGCAGUCUUAGAAUGGCAGACUAAUGAACCAAUUGCAGCGUUGGCUCCUGUCGCCAAGCAAAGCAAAUGGUGUAGAAUCUAGGAGUAAUCUAAGUAAUCUAAGUGUAGAUUCUAAGAGUUAUAUGUCCGAAAAGAACAAAACCAUAUUGCCAUCAGCAGCAAAUGCCAAGUAAAUGCAAUCAAAAAAAUAAAGAA